AUGGACAUAGCUAGAACACUUCCAUCAGCCCCCUCUCCAUUGUCCACAGCCAUCUUCAAUGGGCUACGUCUACUAUCACCAAAAACAUGGGUAGGUUUGCUACAAGUCAGCUCUCGAAGUCCCUUUUCGGAGUUUGAGCUGGAAACCUUCAUCAUUGCGACAGUGGGCAUUGUGCUUCCGGUUUCAAUUCUCUUGUAUUCUACCACGCUCUUUGAAUCCAUGCAACAUACACGGCCUCAGCUGGAAAGCGUUCUUGCGUUGUCACCUUGGGUUUGGCAAUGCAUUUGGCAAUUUUGCAAUCAGAUGUACAAGUUUGCCGUUACAGUGAUUUCAAAUUUCCGAAACAGAACCAAAGCAUUGCCUUCCGCCAUUCAAGAAUUGCAGACCCGGCUUUCCAAUCAGCGGGCGUAUCAAACAAGAAGAUAUACUGUAUAUUUGCCGAAACAGGAUUUGCCACAGAUGGAUAGUCGUACCGGUAAAGCAAAAGCAUCUAAAUCAACCAAAUCAGCGGUUGGUGGAGGGAUGGCAGGUCCUACCAAGGUAAUGGUUUUAUUUCCUGGGGCAUUGGUUCCGGGUGAGGCGUAUUCGGAACUAGCCGGGCGUCUAUCUGACAGUGGAUUGAUUGUCGUUGUUCCAUCCUUGGAACCUUGUUUGUACGCGGCUCCCAAUCUUGGCACUGAUGUUGACACGUUUUGUCGGAUGGUGAAAAAAGUGCAAGAUGAAUUAAAAUUAGAUCCAGUACGCACAGAAUGGGUGAUUGGUGGGCAUUCCAUGGGAGCAUUCGGGGCAAUGAGACUAUUUCACCAGUACAAUAAGCAGAGACAAUUGGACAUGUGGAAGUACCUACUGGACCAUGUAAUUCCAAUGAGAGUAAAAGACUUGGUUCUUAUCGGUGUGACACCCUUUGUGAAAGAGUGUACAGACCUAUCGAGAUACGACGAUGCGAGAAGGAACCGAAUACUGCUGAUACAAGCAACUGAUGAUGUGCUGAUGAAAAUUCUAGGGGAUGGACUAGACGAGCUGUACACGAACUUUCCAGACGCUACAACCAUACGGAAAGAUAUUGUCGGGGGAACACACCAUGGCUUUGCCAGCUACAACGAUGAAAAUGGACAAAUUACGAUGCAAGAACAGCAGGACCAAGUCUGUGAACACAUUGUCGAGUUCUUGCAACUCAAAGGUAGAGAAAAUGUUCUUUAG